AUGAAGACAUUUGUUUACAGGAAAGGGCAGUCACAGAGAAUUAUGGACACACACCUUCGAGAUAAACCACCACAAGCCAAGAGACAAUAUCAGGUGGACGAGCAAUUUGAAGCUAAUGCUGACUGUAAUGAUACCGAGAGCAAUUUCCUCCAAGAAGUCGUCAUUGACAACGAUUUCGACAAGGAUGAUUUUGUUCACGCUCUUCAUAGACUGAAAGCGAGUGAGGAAAGCUUCUGUGUCAUCGAAACGGUUUUCUCGCAAGGCUCUAACAUCUCUGCUAAUUCAUCCUGGUAUUACAUGGAUGAGAACGACCUGAUUUACUUGGAGGAGAAGGAGUACAAUAAUGUGCAUAUUGGCUAUGGUGUAUUGGUGGUCUUACCUUUGAUAAACGUCGAUGGCUCUCUCAUGUUCGUCAUACUAUUCAGGACUUUCACGGCCGAACCCGCAAGUCCUAUCGUUCAAAUUGCACAGAGCUUCCGAUCGCACAGAGAUUGCGGGUGCAUUGGCGAGGACGAGGUCGGUCUGGGCAAUGGAACGUAUGAUGUGACGAGUUCAGUGAUACAACACUUCACCGAAACAUCAAGCUAUAAUAUCAGCGGAAUAGAUAUAGAGACUCUCACAUACUACAUCCAGAUGCUGAUCGCGGUUCCUCCCUUUGAGCGUCAUUUGUCAGAAAUCAUUAUCCAUAGGACUCUUGAGGAAGAAUGUGCGGUAGCCUUGGGGCCAAACAGAGGUGUAGCUCCCUUGUUUCCCUCUCCCUUUUACGGAUGUCUUCUGUAA